CGAUAACUAAGCCAUGAGUUGAUAACCAGUCGCCUGGUUAUGAGUGUUCCUCUUUUCUUAUUCUACAUCUAUCUCACUACUGCCAUCGAUAUCCGGCUGUGCUGUGCAGUCUCUGGGUGUAGGGAUCCGUUAAGGACGCUGCCUCUGCUGUUUUCGAGGCUCUGGCAGCCUGUUCGAGCUCUGUCCCUUCGUUGACCUGCUUACUCUUCUUGGACUCUCCCUUGCCACUGAAUAUCUGGAAACGCUGAAGCAGGAUGCCUGUGAAGCGGAAAGCCGUUGACAAUGGCCCGGCUGGCAGGGCGUCGAAGCGUGCGACUCCCGUUCCGGAUCAUAGCAUCGACAGCGACGACGACUACUCCGAGUACGAAGAGGAAGUGAGUGGGAAAGAUAGCAGCUUGAAAGAUGUCGUCGAGAAAUUCUCACUCGAAUCUUUCAGCAGAAACAAGAAGGCUGCUGUCCAGAGGGAAGACCCUCAUUUCGGAUACAAGGAUUUCUCGUCUCUGCCACUGAAGCCAGAUCAUGCCAAUCGUCCUCUCUGGAUCGAGCCGCUCAAGGGCACCAUCACGCUGGAGAGCUUCUCGCCACUGGCGCCCCAGGCGCAGGAUUUCCUGACUACGAUCGCUGAACCGCUGUCACGACCUACACAUCUACACGAGUAUCGGUUAACAGGAAACAGUCUGUACGCUGCGGUCUCGGUCGGGUUGCUUCCAAAUGACAUCAUCAAUUUCCUGGACCGGUUGUCCAAGACGCCUCUUCCGGAUACGAUCAAGUCAUUUAUUGUCGACUUUACCAAAUCCUACGGAAAGAUCAAGGUCGUUUUGAAACACAAUCGGUUUUUCGUCGAGAGUUCGGACCCGGCGAUGCUGCAGAUGCUCUUGCAGGAUGAGGUGAUCGGUCCUCAGAGGUUGCAAGGGUCGGAGGGGAUCACCCAGCAAGCUGCCCCCAAAAUGGGUGGGUUGGUUAUUCCAGGAACGAAAGAUGCGGCGGGAGUCAAGCAGGCGGAACAGAAGACGGCGGAAGGCAAUGAAGGUCAACCGAAAGAGGAUGAUAUUCUCGUCUCGUUGCGCGACGAGGAUGAUGACGAUGAUCAGGCCCAGGUCCACAGUUUCGAAAUACCGAACAGUGCGGUGGAAGUUGUUAAAUCUCGAUGCCAGGCGAUGGGUUGUCCCGCUCUGGAGGAGUACGACUUCCGGAACGAUGAGAUCAACCCUACCCUGGAUAUCGACCUGAAGCCGAAUGCGCAGAUUCGAAGCUACCAGGAAAAGAGUCUGAGUAAGAUGUUCGGUAAUGGUCGAGCUAAAAGUGGAAUUAUCGUCUUGCCUUGUGGUGCUGGAAAGACGCUUGUCGGUAUCACUGCAGCUUGCACUAUCAAGAAGGGAACCAUCGUCCUCUGCACCAGCUCAAUGUCUGUCGUUCAGUGGAGGAACGAGUUCUUGCGCUGGUCAAACAUCGACCCCAGCGACAUCGCUAUCUUCACGUCCGACAACAAGGAGAAGUUCCGCAGGUCCACCGGUAUCAUUGUGUCAACAUACUCCAUGGUCUCUCAGACGAGAGCUCGUUCCCACGAUGCUGAAAAGAUGAUGGAUUGGCUGCAAGGACGGGAAUGGGGUCUGAUGAUCCUGGACGAGGUGCAUGUCGUCCCCGCCUCGAUGUUCCGAAAGGUUACGUCCGCCAUCGCUUGUCAGGCCAAGUUGGGUCUCACGGCUACACUACUGCGUGAGGACGACAAGAUCAAGGAUCUGAACUUCCUGAUUGGACCGAAAUUGUACGAAGCCAACUGGAUGGAACUUGCCGAUCAAGGCCAUAUCGCCAAGGUCCAGUGUGCGGAAGUCUGGUGUCCCAUGACCACGGAAUUCUACUCGGAGUACAUGAGGGAGAAAUCCAGAAAGGCAGCACUGCUGUAUAUCAUGAACCCGAGGAAAUUCCAGGCUUGUCAGUACCUCAUUGACUAUCACGAGAAGAGAGGCGAUAAAGUGAUUGUCUUUUCUGAUAACGUGUACGCACUGGAGCGGUACGCAUUGAAGCUGAACAAGGCGUAUAUCUACGGUGGUACGCCGCAGAACGAACGUCUGCGCAUUCUUGAGAACUUCCAACAUAAUGAGCAGGUGAACACCAUCUUCCUCUCCAAGAUCGGUGAUACUUCGUUGGAUCUACCCGAAGCUACCUGUCUUAUUCAGAUAUCGUCGCAUUAUGGCUCUCGUCGCCAGGAGGCGCAGCGUCUCGGCCGUAUUCUGCGAGCCAAGCGUCGAAAUGAUGAGGGUUUCAAUGCCUUCUUCUAUUCCCUCGUGUCCAAAGAUACGGACGAGAUGUUCUACUCUUCCAAGCGGCAGGCGUUCCUCGUCGACCAAGGCUACGCGUUCAAGGUCAUCACACAUCUCCAGGGUAUUGAGAACCUGGAGGGUCUCGCAUAUGCCACACCUGCAGAGCGUCGUGAACUCCUGCAGGAGGUGAUGCUGCAGAACGAGACUUCCGCAGAAGUUGAGCAUGUUACGGAUGAUCUCUUCAGUGAGCGUUCUGGCGGACCUAAAGCCAAGGGUGGCAAGAAAGGUGGCGUCAAGCGUAGCGCUGCGACGCUUAGUGGACUUGCUGGAGGUGAAGACAUGGCUUACAUUGAAUACAACAAGAGCAGGAACAAACAGCUCAAAGACAAAGUCGGCCAUCAUCCGCUGUUCAGGAAGAUGGAGAGAGACCGCCAGCGGAGGAAGAAGGAGAUGGAGGAAUUGAGACGAGAACUGAAAUAACGAUCAAAAACUAUGUACAGUACAUUUCUCGCAUAUCAGACGGCGUUCAUUGGUGGUUCGUUUAUAUAAAGCGCAUCGGACGCAGCUUCUCUAGAAUAUGAGAAAGACGGUAAAAGUCUUAAUAAUCGACAUAUCAACCUUCUCACUGUAAUUUAGUUAACUCACCAGGUCACUCUACGUGUAGACCGAGUCUUACGAAAAAGCCAAAAGCCGGUCCACGGAAAGACACA